CUCCCUCUCUCGCCCUCUCCUCUUCCCCGCUGGGCCGCCCGCGCUCUCGCUCUCGGCUCUCCACCUCCUUCCUCGCUCGCCUCCCAAAUCCCCCACCGAAUCAACAAACCCCAGACGCUACAGGAGGCGGUGCGGAGGAGAUGGACGCCGCCACGGCGACCGCCGCGGUGGCCGAUUGCGCGGAGUCAACCCUACUGAGCAAGGCCGAGAACCUCUUGCGGCGGGCGGAGGACGCGGUCGUCGAGCUGCGCGGAGCCGCCGAAGAGCUGCGGGGGGCGGCGACCACUCUGAAGGACGCGUGCGAUGUGAUCCGCCUGGCGACCGCGGUCAGGGCGGUGCGGGCGGGCGCGGAGGAGGAGGCGGCGCGGGCGGGCUCGGAGGAGGACGCGCAGCGGGCGGGCGCGGAGGAGGACGCGCAGCGGGCGGGCGCGGAGGAGGAGGCGGCGCGGCCGAGGGGAUGCUGUGGGCGCAUUAAGGCGUGGUGGAAGGAGUGGAGGCAGAGCGGCAGGGUACCGGACCUGGAGGCCCCACUCGUCGGCAAUGAGGCGACGGUCGCCGACCUUCCUGCUGCCGGUCAGGAAAGCGACAGGCGUAGCGAGAAGACCGCACGCUGUUCAGCUAUGCAGAGCUGUGCCCUGUUCGCCUCUCUGACUAUGCUUCCUUACAUGGGGCCGGGUGGCGUGCUCAAGGAGGACGCCUACUCUUCUUCGUACCGUAAGUCGGCAGGCCUCGCGUUCUCCUGGAUUUGGUUUUUGGUCGGUCUUGGUGUGCCCUGCCUAUCCGUACGAUCCCGGAUUCUAUAUUUUUGUACCCGGCUCGUCAGCCGCAUUGGCAUGCUAGCCGCCACACUUCUUGUGAUCUUUUACUGCCACUGGUCGCUCUUCCCACACUCAGCAGUAGCUUUUCGAGCAUUGGUCUUUGUUUCAGCCACUCUACACAUUUCCAUUUUCAUAUGGGCUUGCUUUGACGGUGAUAUGUGAUUGUGCAAUGCGGCGGUACUGAGAUGAGUGUGGCAUUCCAGAAGUGUAGCUUUGAUUAGUUCUUUGACAAAAUUGUGCUCAACUGUACAUUGGCUUCUCUUGGAUUAGUUCUUUUGAUCAAGCUGUGAGUAGUCUGUCAACAUUAUUCUUAGCCCCGGAUUGUGUAACAGCGUAUGCUGUUCGCUGUUGAUGGAAUUGUCUGACCAGUAGUUCACUACUCAUGCCGUUUUUUGUUUUUGCAAAAGGAUGCAUUGUAUCAAAUGCAACAUACUCUCACAAUGUUAUCUGAGAUGUUCUGAAAUGAAAUGUUCUUAUCCUUUACUA